AUGACGACCCACGUACUGGAUGUUUACCGAGCAUCCCCCUCCGGUCAGAUCCAUCUUGACCACAUUACCCGCCAACUAUCGCCUGACGAAGCUCUCGUCGAAGUGACGCAUGCCAGUCUAUGCGGUACAGAUAGUAUCUACCUACAUUCUCAGCAAGUCCUGGGCCAUGAGGGAAUAGGCAUAGUUAGUGCGAUCGGGGCCGAUGUGCGGAAUGUCCGAAUCGGCGACCGUGUGGGAAUGGGAUACGUACAGAAAACAAAAGACCUUUAUGGCAUGUCUGACCCUGACCGCGGUUGUCUCGGCUCCAAAACUAUUUGGAACGCGAACGCCCUUAUACCCAUUCCAGAUGGGCUACACUGUCUUUACGGCAUGCAGCCUGGGGAUCGUGUUGGAGUAUUAGGCAUCGGCGGCAUGGGGCAUCUGGCCAUCAAAAUGGCGGCUGCGAUGGGAUAUCAUGUUGUUGCUUUCUCCGGAUCGGAGUCCAAGAAGGCGGACUGCUUAGCCUUUGGGGCUAAGGAAUACUAUCUGACUAACGGCGAAUCAAUGGAAGAUAUGGAGCCACUAAAACACCUUCUCUUGUGCGGUUCCAGCUCGGAAGAUUAUACAUUCAUUCUUUCUCUUCUGGCGGUACAUGGAACAGUCUAUCCAUUGACAGUCUCUCUUCAACCGGCUGCUAUUCGAACCAUCAUGCUGAUUAACAAGGGCCUUCGAAUGCAAGGUUCUUUGGUCGCAUCCCGUGGCGAUCUAGCCAAAAUGUUGCAGUUUUGUGCGGACAAGGAAGUGCGACCUGCUACAAGCAAUUUUAGCCUUGCAUCUACAGAGGAGGUCAAUCAGGCCAUGGAAAGCCUGCAGCGUAACACUGUUCGCUACAAGGCAUUGCUUGUCGCAGAUAAACAUGCACAGAAGCUCUGA